CUUAUCUGCACUGAAGAGUUGCGGAGUUGGCUGGCAUUCGUGAGUUCUGCGGUACAGGGACUACCUGGAGGCCGAGGGGGAGAUAGAGAAGGAGAGUGCAGAGCUCUGCUCCGCUUGCCACGGCGCCUCCGGGCGCGGCCAAGCCUGAGUCCUCUCUGGCUGUCAGUCGCCAAGAAAUGAAAUUUUGCCGGAGUAGUUGGAGUGAUCAGCGUCAUAAACAUUGCGAUUUCAGCGCCUCUGGUGAGCAUUCAGUGAAAGGUCGCUUUUGGAAAAGGCCGUAUUUUUAAGAAAAUAUUAGAGACGAAUGUCGGGUUUUGUUUUCAAACUGGACUCAGGCUGGCCUUGAACUCCCUGUGUAGCUGAGGAUGACCUUGUGCUCAUGAACUUCCUGUUUCCACUUCCUAAGUGCUGGGAUUCCAGGUGAUAGAGUGCCACUGUCCACUGAAAUUCAUCCGCUGCACUAAAGCAAAGCUUGCCUCAGUGAAAGGAGUAUUCAUGCAGACUUCCGUGUUACAGGAUGGCAGCUCCUGCUUCGUCCCAUGGUCCUUCAGAGGACUCAGGCUGCCUUCAGGAAGGAAAACUACCACCAGAAAUGAUGUCGGCUGAUUGCCUGACAGAUGAUCAGGAGUUAGUGAGCUUUGAGGAUGUGAUUGUGGACUUUACCCAAGAGGAGUGGACCUCACUGAACCCAGAUCAGAGGAACCUCUACAGAGAUGUGAUGCUGGAGAACUACCAGAACCUGGCCACAGUAGGGUAUCAGCUCAUCAAACCCAGUUUGAUCUCUUGGUUGGAACAAGAAGAGUUUAGUAAAGGUCAGAAGAUAGUUUUCCCAGAAUGGAAAUUACAGCUUGAAACCAAAUGUUCAGCAUUCCAGCAGGAAUUUCUGAGGGGUAACUUAUCCAAUAGAAUGCAAAUGCAGACAGGAAUCAACAGAGGAAGGGAGCUCUGUGACGGGACGCAAUAUGGAGACUUCUUCAGUGAACUCUCACCCCUCAGGACAGAUAUGAAAACUCAACCUGCACAGGAUAAUUAUGGUUGUAGUCAGUACAGAAAAGACUUUCUAAUGCUUCAGAGGAAAAACUGUGCUGGUGAGAAACUUUCUGAGUUCAGUCAGAGUGAAGAAACCGGCAUGACCCCAGUUAAAGCUUAUGAGAAAAUUGCUACACAAGAGAAAGGGUUUGAAUGCAGCGACUGUGGGAAGUCCUUUAUGAGCCAGUCACACCUUCAGACACACCAGAGAACUCACAGUGGAGACAAACUUUAUGAAUGGAAUGAGUGUGGGAGAAGUUUUAUAAACUCAAGACUUGCUGUGCUUAUAGAAACUCUCAAUGCAAAGAAACCUCACAGAUGUAAGGAAUGUGGGAAAGGCUAUAGAUAUCCUGCAUAUCUAAAUAUUCACAUGCGAACUCACACUGGCGAAAAGCCCUAUGAAUGUAAGGAGUGUGGGAAAGCCUUCAAUUAUUCCAAUUCAUUUCAGAUCCAUGGAAGAACUCACACAGGAGAGAAGCCCUAUGUAUGUAAUCAGUGUGGGAAAGCCUUCACUCAGCACUCAGGUCUUAGUAUACAUGUAAGGUCUCACAAUGGAGACAAGCCCUAUGAAUGUAAGGAGUGUGGGAAAGCCUUCCUUACAUCCUCUCGACUUAUUCAACAUAUAAGAACUCACACAGGAGAAAAGCCUUUUGUGUGUGUGAAAUGUGGGAAAGCCUUUGCUAUUUCUUCAAACCUUAAUGGGCAUCUGAAAUUGCAUGCUGAAGAGAAGACCUGUGAGUGCAAGAUUUGUGGGAAAGCAUUUGGAUAUCUUUCAUGUCUUAAUAAUCACAUGAGAACUCACAAUGCUAAAAAAUCAUACACGUGCAAAGAGUGUGGGAAGGCCUUUAACUAUUCUACCCACCUUAAAAUUCACAUGCGAAUCCACACUGGAGAAAAACCCUAUGAGUGUAAACAGUGUGGGAAAGCCUUCAGUCACUCCACUUCAUUUCAGAUCCAUGAAAGAACCCACACUGGAGAGAAGCCCUAUGAAUGUAAGGAGUGUGGGAAAGCCUUCAUCUGUCCCAGUUCCUUCAGGAUUCAUGAAAUAAGUCACACCCACACUGAAGAGAAACCCUAUAAGUGUCAGCAGUGUGGAAAAGCCUACAGUCAUCCUCGUUCACUUCGCAGACAUGAAAGAAUUCACUAGAGAGAAGCCUAGUUGAUGGAAGCAAUGUGAGGAAGCCCUUGUUUGUGCUCAUGUACUUUGAAGACAUGAUGGUACUCACACUGGGGAGAAACUAUGAAAUUAGAUACUUAGCUUAGAGAGGUGCUGUGUUGCCAUACUGAGCAACACAAAUACUCCAUGUCAAAAAAAUUAAAGUGGAUGCUGGCAAGAUGGCUCAGUGGGUAAAAGCACUUGAUGGGAAUGUCUGACAGCUUGAAUCUGAUCCACACUCAUGUAAAGCAGACAGAUGUAGUGGCAUACAUCUGUAUUCUCAGCAUUCCUACAAGAUCACCUGGAACCUUGCAGGCCAGCUAGUCUAUGUAGCAUGGCAGAGAGGAAGACUGACUCAACAAGGUAGAAGAUUUAAUGCCUUAAAGUUGACCUCUGAUCUCCAUGUGUCUGUCCACCCUCCCACAUAUACCACAGUAAUACAAAAAUGUUUAAAGAAUUGAAAUGAGGGCUGUUGAGAUGGCUCAGCAGACAAAAGCAUUCUCCAUACACUCCUGACUACCCAUUUUCUAUCCCUGAAUCCCACAUUGUAAAGAGAGAAUUGGCUCCUAAAAAGCUGCCUUCUGACCUCCACAUGAAUGCUGUGGCAUGCACUCCCCCCAAUAAUAUUACAUUUUAAAAAUUCAAGUGAGGGACUGCAGAGAUGAUUCAAAUAGUUACAAGCAUCUGCUAUACUUUCAGAGGGCCAGGCUUCAGUUCCCAGCACUCACAUGGUAGCUUGUAGCCAUCCAUAACUAGGUGAAGGGGAUUUGGGCCCCUUCUGGCCUCUGUGAUCACUCAGCAUACACAUGAGUGCGUCUGUGCAGGCAAAACAUGUAUAAAAUAAAAAUAAUAAAAAGCAAAUGAGGUUGCCAUGAGUCCAUUAGAAGUGACUAAUGUCCUCAAGAGGUUAAGAUGCUGCAGGAUGCACACAGAGAAGACCAUGGGAACUUCAGACAGCCUUCUGCAAAUGGAGACAAGUGGCUACCACAAGUGUUUCUACUAAGGCCUCCAGAGGAAACUACCUGAAUUAUGCUGAUCUCUGAUUUCCAGCCUCCAGAUUGUAAGAAAUAAAUAACCAUGUUUAAGUUACUGGUCUAUUACUUUGCUGCAUUAGCUCUAACAAAUUGUGUGUGUAAGGAGAGAACUGACUUCCACAAACUCCUCUAGUCUCCAUGAAUACACACGGGCAUAUUGGCUUAUGCACACACACGUGAGAAAAAAAGCCUAGAUUUUAAAGUUAUUUGUCCUGCAUUCUCAACCAUUCUCUUAUUUCUGAAGUCAGUAAUUGAGAAGGAGUGACCUUUUGGAGGAGUCAUGUUGCCUUGUUUUUGUUUUGUGGUUUUAUUUUGUUGUUUAUUUGUUUUAAGAUAAGGUUUCCCAAUGUAGCCCUGUCUGUCUGUCUGUCCUGGAACUUGCUAUUGAUCUUCUUGUGUUUCUAAACUGUGAUUUACAUAUGUGGUUGGAUCUCUUCUAGUUUUAUUUGAAGUUCUUAGUGAGAAGCCUUUUUAGAGGUCACCCCUGGUACUAUUCAGAGAGGAGAAAACCAACUAUUAUAAUAGCAAUAGAACCAAAGAACCCAGAUACAGAAAAACAGUUAGAAUCAAUUGACAUUGCCUGUACCACCAAUGAUCACACAAAAGAAAAUAUU